UUUUUAAAAAAAAAAAAAGAUCAUGUAUAUAUGUUAACUGACAUGGAUUUCAACUCUUUUAUAUUGCAUAAUUAAUCAUUUAAAUGAAAAUAUUCAAAGCCUACAGAAUAUUAAACGACAUGCUGUUAAAUAUCUCUUGUACAACUAUUAUCUAAUUAUCAAGCCAACUAAGAUGGAGAAUUAUAAAGGUCUAAACCAAAGCAUAUUAAACAAAUAUAUGGAGCUUGAUACUAACGGUAAAAUUCAAGCAAACUACAUAUGGAUUGAUGGUUCAGGUAAAACAUUGCGAUCAAAAACAAAAACCCUUGACUAUGUACCCGAAACACCCGAUCAGCUACCAAUUUGGAAUUUUGAUGGCUCGUCAACAGGUCAAGCAACCGGUAAAAACAGUGAUGUUUAUUUACAUCCAGUCGCCAUUUUUCCUGAUCCAUUCAGAGAAGGUAAACAUAAGCUUGUACUCUGCGAAACUUAUACUUAUGAUCACAAGCCAACAGAAUCUAACAAAAGAAAAUCGUGUAAAUCUGUAAUGGAGCUAGUAAAGGACUCUCAUCCUUGGUUUGGCCUCGAGCAAGAAUAUUCCUUACUUGAUCGUGAUGGACAACCACUUGGGUGGCCAAAAGGUGGUUAUCCGGCUCCUCAGGGACCAUACUACUGCGCUGUUGGCACUGGAAAAGUUUUCGGAAGAGAAGUAAUGGAAGCUCACUACAGAGCAUGUCUUUACGCGGGAUUAAAAAUAGCUGGAGAAAAUGCUGAAGUUAUGGCAUCACAGUGGGAAUUUCAAAUUGGACCUUGCGAAGGAAUUGAAAUGGGAGAUCAAUUAUGGGUAGCUCGUUAUUUGCUUGAACGAGUUGCUGAAGAUUUUGGAAUUAUUGUUACAUUAGACCCUAAACCAAUAUCUGGAGAUUGGAACGGUGCUGGUUGUCACUCUAACUUCAGUACACUCGAGAUGCGAAAAGAAGGGGGACUUAAAAAGAUAUAUGAAGCUAUUGAUUGGUUAUCCAAGAACCACAAACAUCACAUUCGAUGCUAUGAUCCAGCUGGGGGUAAAGAUAACGAAAGACGUUUAACUGGACAUCACGAAACUUCUACGAUACAUGACUUUUCUCAUGGAGUUGCGAAUCGUGGGUGUAGUAUUCGAGUGCCGCGACAAUGUGCUGAAGAAGGAUACGGUUACUUAGAAGAUCGAAGGCCUGCAUCAAAUUGCGAUCCUUACGUUGUCACAGAAGCACUUGUAAGGACAAUAAUUUUAAACGAAAUAGUUGAUGAAUAAAAUUUUUUUAUAAAAAUGAGUAAAACUUAUACUUUAGAGAAUUCAAAGUAAUUUGAAACAAUUUUUAGUUUGUAAACUGAUUAUUUAUGUUUUUUCUAAGCAUAAAUACGUUGUCUAUUUGUUAAGCUCUACUAUAGACGCACGAUCAUAUGAAUUUCAUAAAUUAUUAUUUAUAUAUUUUAAAAGUAAGAACCUCAAUCAUUUAAAAGUUUAAUGGAAGUAAGGCUUUAAUGUGUUUUAAGAGGGUUUAAUUUGAGAUUAGGUAGUUUGCACAAUUUCUUUUAAAGACUAUUAUUUUUUUGUGUGUUUUCUAAUUAUUUUUGUUUACUUACCCAAUGUAAAUGUAUGGUUUUUAGGACUUGUUGUCUUUUUCGUUAAAUAGAACCAGAUUUAUAUUU